AUGAGCCGUAGCUAAAACUACUAGGGUUCACGCCGUGUGUGGGAAUGGAACCCAGGACCACAUGGAAGAGCUUUUCUCCACUGACAUGGAAGAGCUUUUCUCCACUUUGUUCUUUCCCAUAUUUACAUCGUGAUUCGUGAGGACGGAGGGAGCUUCUCAGGAUUCAGCGAUGGUGGAGAUCUCUGUAACAGCAACAUUCUCCGAUCCACCUAAUACUAAGUCGGAAGAAGAAGCAGAUUUCUACCCUAAUACCAUGCGUAAAACAAAGCCUGGAUUGAAACGUUUAUUUCUCACUCUCACUGUCUUCAUCUCUUUCCUCAUAGCUUUGCCUUUCUUACUUAAGUCCAUAGAGAUCUACCGAGCACCAUUGCCUUUUGAUGACAUUGAUUUACUAUCAACGGAAAUGGAGAAGAAUCAUUUGAUGUUCCCUUGCCAAUUUCAAGCAGUUUUUGUGAACUUCGAUGAUGACAUCACUGCUGUAAAUGAGCUAGCGCUUUUGAUCAAUUCUCAUAUGCAAAAACUUACUUCAGAAAAUACUCCACCUUGUGGCACAUGUGGAAACAAUUUUACUGUGGCUGUAACAAUUGAUUCUAAUUCCAGCUGUAUUCACUGUGAAAGUGGAAAUGGAAAUGGCAACGGUAAAUGGCAAUGUGGUGUGUUGAAUGGAUACGAUAAGAUGAAUGAUCAUGAUGAGAAUUUUGAUGAUUAUUUGGAGUCGGUAUUGGAUAGUAAGAGUAAGAGGGUUUAUACAGUUGUGGUGGUGAAUACGAAGCAGGAGGACGUUAGAGUUGUUGUUGGAAAAUAUAGGCAUGCUUGGAUGGUAGGAAUAGAUUCUGUGGAGAAAGCGGUUGAGAAAAUGGCAGAGAUUUUUAUCAAAGUGUUUGUUAAUGCGGGGAAGGAAGAAGGAUCAAUUCGUGGGGAAUUCAUGCCAAUAGGUGCAGAUGGCAAGGUCGUGCUUUCUUUCAGUCUUUUGAAUUCUGAUCCGCAUGAUUGGAUUUAUGAUUGGGAUUUUAAGGAGUUAGAUGAGAUUCUGUUGGCUCCUAUUGUUGACGCUUUAAGACCAGUGGCUGAUAUUAGUUUGGAAAGCCAGGUUCUAUAUCAUACUCCAAAGUCUUCAUAUUCAUAUUGGGAUGACACACGGGGUAGCUAUAUUUUCAGUACAAAAGAUCUUCCUUUCUUUGUAAAUUCAAAUGAAUGGCACGUGGAUGCAUCAACAGCAGCUGGAGGGCGGUCAAAAGUCCUGCAUUUUGUGUUAUAUGUGCCAUCUGCAAAAGAGUGCCCUCUAAAGUUGCAGUUGCCAAAUGGAGAGAUUUCCAUGACAAAUGGUUUUAUAUCUCCGAUGUGGGGUGGUAUUAUUGUUUGGAAUCCACCGGCCUGUGUAGAAAAUUUUCAAGUGCAACGUCUUUCCAGACAGAAAAUUUCCUCUGAG